GAGAUGAGUCGACGCGGGUGCAUCCUAUUGAUCAGAGCCAACUCCACUGGGAACCAGUCGCUGUCGGAGUUCACUUACAAAGACAUUAUGCAGAGACGGAUUGUGCUGGGGGGCUCACAGACAGCGUCGGCGGACGGCCGGAAGGAGGGCAGUCGAAUGUCACUGCACGACUGGCUGGCCUGCAACGUCAUCCCAGAUUCCAAUGCCCUCAACAAGGCCUACCUGCGUUCCAUGAAGAGGCGCAAGCGUGGACCCCAAUUUACCGGCGAUUCUGAUGGACCUUACCACCGUGGCUUGUCUGAGCCCUACGCUGCUGGCAAUAUCAUGUGA